AGCUAGACGGACACAGACACUUUAAAUAGAUCAACCUGACGCUGCUGCUCCUUCAGAGCUGCAGAAGAAUCAACAUUUGACAACUUGGAACACAUAUUUCAACCAGAGGGCUGCUUCUCUUCCAGAUCUAAAUGGCUGAUGUUUUCAGAAGCCUGAACCUCCUAGAGACCCUCAAAGAGUCCAUAGAGCUCAAUAAGUUAUCAGAUGUCAAGGAUGCAGUGGAAGAUCUCCUGAUCAGCAGGAUCAACUUAGCUGUCAUCGGGGGCCGUGGGGAUGAAAAAUUUGCCUUUAUAAACUCCAUCCUUGGCCUUGGUCCUGGGGACGACGGAGCAGCUCCGUCUCCAUCAUCUGUUGCCCCAGAGGAAUUGGCAGUUUACCCAAACCCUAAACACCCCGACUUUCGCCUGUGGGAUCUGCCACCUGUCCCACCCGCCUCUCCAUUUGAACCCGAGGGAUACAUGGAUAGAGUUAAAUUCCCCCGCUAUAAUGCCGUCUUAAUGACAUUCACACAGACACCCCAACCCAACAGUGUGGACGUGUACUUGGAGGCCCGGUCACAGCAGCGGCAAACAGUGUACUUUAUUCUCUUAGCUUCAGCAAAAGACACAGAAAAAAGCCUAGAAGAAAAGAGGAAAGCCAGUAUGGAAGUGCUGACAUCUCAGGGUGUGACACUGCCUAAAGUCUACCUGGUGAGACCCUCCACCCUGGAGAACUUUGACUUCCCUGGCCUGUUGGAGGACAUGGGAGGAGACCUUCCAGAGAUCCGAGCCCACGCCCUUCUCUUGGCUCUCCCGACACUUACCUCCACCCUGGUCAGUCAGAAAAAGGAAGCAUUCAAAGCACUAGUAUGGGCAGCUGCCUCGCUAUCUGGUGGGAUGUCGGCUAUUCCUGUUCCCUUUGUGGCCUCCAUGGUGGACUCAAGUGUUGCAGUGCGGAUUCUAACCAAAGCACAAUUAUCUCUGUGCCUGGACGAUGAUUCGGUCGAGCGACUGGCCCGACAGCGGGGCAUGGAACCAACAAGACUCAAAGGGCUGCGGACUUGUGUGUUGUCAGUGGAGGUUACUAAAGGUGAAGUGAAAAAGCGUCUGGCAGCGGCAGAAAAAGACUUGGCCACGGUUUCAUCUAAACUGGUGGAGAUGGCGAUGCCCGUUCAUGCCCGUUCUGCCAGCCGCUCCUUCUCUGCCAUGCUGCAAGCAUUAAAUAGCACCAUGGAUGAAAUGGCAGCUGAUGCUGAGAAGAUAGUGGCUGUUGCUCUUGGGGAGGGAAAGUAAAAUCAAAUGUUUUUUUCUUUGUGUAAGGUUUCCUGUUUAUGUGUGAUUUACCUUUACGUUUUGGGAUAUAAGAAACACACAAUUUAUAAAAUACUUCAGAAAUCUUUUGAUAGCCUACGUUUUCACACUUUUUAAUGAGCUAGAAGUAAAUCAUGUAAAUACUGUGUAAGCAUACAUUCUGCAAAUAGAUGUCAAAUACUGUAAGCUGCUCAGUGCCAAAAACCCACCCUGAACAGAUGCUUUCACUUUCCCUGUUAACAAAACCAUUGAAUAGAGGAAGUGAGAGGAAUGUUGCUAUGCCUUCUGUAGCGAGCAAGUUGAAGGAGAAAAUUGUAUCACCUUCAUCAGUACAACUAUAAAAGAUUAUGUUCUCUGGCUUGCAUGAUUGGCCAUGCAAAUUUUUCAAGAUUUUAGUUGAACUGUGAAAACUUCCUUUUUUUUUUUAAAUCUUACUCUUACUUUAAUAAGGAUGGUGUGUGCUACGGACUGCUGUAAGUGAAUCUUCUGAGGUAAGAACAAGCUUAUUUUUUAAAUCUUUCAGUCUUAAAUAGUUCCUCUAUUUGACUGCCUAAUUUAACUAAAAAAGUAAUCUCUGUCCGUGAAAGUUCCGUGUCAAUCAUUGAUGAGGUACAAUGUCUGAGAAAUUUUAGUUUUCUAAAUAAGUAUACAGUGGCAUUUGUAAGUGAAGUAUAUGUUGUAUAUUGAGCUUUUAAAAACACUAUUAUUUUUGACAAUAUUACAUAUAAAUUUUGGGGGGAUAAAUGACCAAAUCUAAAAAAUAAAGGCAAUGUAAUGUUUGCACUCUCAA